GUGACGCGAUAUCAACGACGAAAAACAAUAAUGGAGGCGUGUAAUGCCGUUGAACGUGAAGUUGACAAGAUUUUAUUGAAAUUUGGCAUGGUAAACGAACAUGCAGAGACAGUACUGCAAGAUCUAAUAAAUCAUAUUGAAUCUUUAAAAAGGGAAUUCGCAGAAGCACCUCCUGAUCAUGAAUUAACACCAGGUCAAGUGCAAAUAUUGAAAGAAGCGAUGAAGAAAGUUUGCGAAACUGUGCAUCGUUUAACCACAGAACACAGAGAGCUACACGGUUCAGUUUCUAAAGUGGGAAAAGCAAUCGACAGGAACUUUACUGCAGAUUUUACAAGCACAAGCAGAGAAGAUGUAUUCUCUUGUUCAGGCAAAUCGCAUCUUUUGAAUAAAGUUAUCUGUCAGCAUUUCUACCGUCAUGGCAUGUUGGAUAUCGCAGCAGAAUUGGCAGCGGAGGCUGGUAUUAAAACUGACGAAGGGACAAAGGAACCAUUCACAGAAUUAAAUUACAUAUUGGAUUGCUUGAAGCAGAAAAACCUUGAACCGGCACUAGAUUGGGCUAAAAGACAUAGAGACGCCCUUUUAGCACAAAAUUCCUCCCUCGAAUUUAAGCUACAUAGGUUACAUUUCAUAAAACUGAUUCAACAAGGUCCUAGCAAACAAACCGAAGCGAUAACAUAUGUUCGGCAAAAUCUUACACAAUACGUCGGAUGUCAUGAAAAAGAGGUGCAAGCUUUAAUGGGCACGCUACUUUACUUGCAAACUGGAAUACAAUCCUCUCCUUACAGUCAUUUAUUGGAUCCCAUUUUGUGGCUAGAUAUUCACGAUGUAUUCCGAAGAGAGGCUUGCAUGUUGUUUGGCUUAAGCGUGGACAGCCCUCUAUCGGUGUGCAUUAACGCUGGUUGUACCGCGUUACCAACGCUUCUGAAUAUUAAGCAAGUGAUGCAACUGAGGCAAGUAAAUACCGUUUGGAAUGGGAUAGACGAACUGCCGAUUGAGAUAGAUCUGGGCCAGGAAGGUCGUUAUCACUCUGUUUUCGCAUGUCCGAUUUUAAGGCAACAGAGCACGGAGAACAAUCCACCUAUGAAAUUGGUCUGUGGACAUGUUAUAUCGAGAGACGCGUUAACUAAACUCACCAAUGCAAACAAAUUGAAAUGUCCAUAUUGUCCAGUAGAACAGAAUCCAGAGGAUGCUAGACUUAUAUACUUCUAGAAUUAUUACGACACAAAGAUGCGAACAAGUUGUUUUUAGAUCUUUUUCGAGAACAGGAGGUUUGAAGGAUCGGGACAAAUACACAUACAUAUUUACGUCGAACCAUCGUAUUUUGUGAAUUCUCAUGGUAAUCGUAACUAAUUAAUUUUCUUAGCAGACUGAUUUUCCAAUCGUGUCGUCGAUACGUUAUAAUACAAUAGUACACUGGCACAUUUUGUCGUGAAAAAAAAUGUGGCACCUUUGGCAACGAUUCUUUG